ACAUCACAUAUUUUCCUCCGUCUCCUCCAUGCAGGCUCCUCCUCUCCCACCCACUCCUCUUUCUAAUUGGAUUUCAUUUUCAUUACUGUUUCCUUUCAGUUUUUUUUCCCAGCCAGAUUCUCUGGUCCAGAGAGAGACCUUCUCAGUGGUUUCUCUUCGACAGACACACGCGAAUACCAACAGAAACUCAGAAAGACUUCUGGACAUCCUGCCUUGACAGUGCAAUGACCUCGCUCAGAUUGUUACCCUUGCUGCAAUCCCUCCUUAUCCUACAAGUCCAUUUUUCCAGCCAGCUGGAGGACAACAAGAUCCCUCCCAGUCUCUGCACCGGUCACCCGGGUAUCCCCGGCUCUCCAGGAGCUCAUGGCAGUCCCGGUCAGCCGGGGAGAGAUGGGAGAGAAUGUCGGGACGCUGCUCCUGGAGAGAAAGGGCAGCAGGGAGACAGGGGAGACUCAGGGGAGACAGGAGUCCGAGGACUGACUGGAGACAAAGGUGACGCUGGACACAAGGGUGACAGGGGUCAGCAUGGAGAGUGUGCAGUGGCUCCCAAAUCAGCUUUCAGCGCCAAACUGUCUCCGGCUCUGGCUGCUUCCCUCACCGUGGCCGACCCAGUCCGCUUUGAUACGAUCAUGCUCAAUGAACAGGGGGACUACAACAUGGAGACGGGACGCUUCACCUGCAAAGUCCCUGGAGUCUACUACUUUGCCAUCCACGCCACCGUCUACCGUGCCAGCCUGCAGUUUGAUUUGAUGAAGAACGGACACGCCGUGGCUUCUUAUUUUCAGUUUUACGGUAACUGGCCCAAACCGGCCUCUCUGUCCGGCGGCUCUUUGCUUCACCUCGUCCCGGGUGACCAGGUGUGGGUUCAGGUGGCUCUGUCAGAGUACAACGGAUUUUACUCCAGCACCAAGACAGACAGCACCUUCACUGGGUUCCUGGUGUACUCGGACUGGAAAAACUCUGCCGUGUUUGCAUGACAGCUGUGCAUGAACAACUCUACAUUUUAUCCUGCUGUGGGUAAAGAACUUCAACACUACUUUUCAUCUUUUUUUGCCUUUUUUAUUUCCUGAAUGAGGUGCUCUGCGAAUCGGUUAUGACUUGGCUCAGCCAUAUUUGUGUAACCAGAUAAUAUACUUGAAAAACACAUGUGAGGAACACAAACAUUGACCUUUAUGCUGUUUGUUCUGCAAUUGUUCUUCACUUUCAGCUUCUAAAACUGCUGUCACUAAUAACCCUUCUGAGAUAUUUCAACAAAGGCUUCCAGCCAGCUUUAGGUCACCAAUGCAAAUAUUCUACAUGUCAUUAUUGCAUAAGAAUAAAUGUCUACUUCAUAAAACACUUUCAACUAAUAUUCAUCUUAUGCUGGAAAGUGACAGAGGAGGGAAAAUGAGAGUAACAAAGUGCAGAAUUAAGUUAAUAAACAACACUGUCCAGCCAGUCUCUUACAACAUGUGUUAACACAAAAGAACAACAAUACGGACAGUACUGUGUUAAUGGUCCAGCAUGUCACGUAUUACCACUUUUUCCCACUAGAAGAGCAUUUUGGUGCAACAUACAUCAGAGGCUGACACAUACACUUUCUUGUGAUAUGCUGCCCCAUCUGGUCACAAGUUGUAUUGCUACAUAAAGCGUAUGUUUAAAAAAAACAAUUAAGUAGUACACGACCCACAUUUUUUAAAAGUGCAAUCAGAAAUGCCACUGUUCAACUGUUUCAAUUUGAA